GAAGAUCGGUGAAGUUAGAAACGUUCUCUGUGCAGAAGUCCACCAUGUUACGGGUGUGUGAGAAACUCCGUGAGGCGGACGAGAAGGGCAGGAGGUACGGACUAGCCCGUGCGGAGACAGGCUACCUCCGUGCCCUGGUGGACGCCAUGGCCGACACGGACAGGCUGGCGGAAGUGGAGCUGCUCAAAACUCUGGGCGACGUGAACUUGGAGAAGGGAAGACUUGGGAAGGACGUGGGGAAGUUCAACACAGCCUUGGCGCUUUAUCUGGCUGCUUUUGUGCGGUGUUCCAAUCGGGAACAGGGAGAAGGUAUAGAACACCGCUACCACUACACUGAGAGGCUCUUGCAAGGGGUUUCACGUAGGGGUGGGUGGAAAAACCGGUCCAGUCCGGACUGGUUAGGGGGUGGAAAAGGCCCACAGGGUAAGGAACAGUCAACACAAGACAGGGAAAUGACGACACCUGCAAAUGUGGCGAGAAAGUUUCAAGACCUCGACAUGAAAUGGACUGCCGGUGGUGACACAGAUAUAGACUCUGUGCUAUUCGGAUACGCACAGUUGAUGGUAGAGGGAAUAGUAAAUGACAACAACUUGUUAGAAACAGAAGCGAUCAAGAGUCUGGGUGACGUGUGUCUAAGAAGAGGAACAGAAACUGGAGACACUAGAAACUUGACCGAAGCUUCCGCACUGUACAACAGGGCACUGGCGCGGUGUAACAACGUUCAUGGAACAGUUGUCAUUGUCCACCGCUUACUGCACACAGCAAAAAUCAGGCAAGACAUCGUAACAACAAACAUCAAGAGUUCGACACGUUCGCGACGACAGAAAGACGUGAGAGCGCCGAAGGACCACUUCUCUCCCUCCUCAGCUGCGCCCUUAAGCGACGUCAUCAAUGACGCAAUGUGCCGUCUACACAUCUCCUACCGCAGGUACAUCCAGACGGCAGGCCGUGACUUACAGAAUGGAGACCCGAAGGCAGCAGAGCAGAACCUAGCAGCCGCCCUGAAGCUUGUUCACGACCCAAGUUCAAGUAAACCCAACAUGGCUAAAGAAGCCGAGUGUCUCCGGACAUUAGGUGACGUCUACGUCGCCCUUGGCAAGCUGACUGGGGAAGGUAGGAAAUUCACACAAGCAGCAGCUAUGUAUAACGCCUCCAUGGCAAGGAAAGAUGGAGACAAACAAAACAUGAUCGCCCAACUGCAAGAAACGGAAAGGCAGUUUCUUGUGUGCGUUUGUAACCUAAACUGUGAGCCAUGCCCAUACAGUAGCACGUUAGGUCACAUAAGUAACCUGACCAACAUGCGCGCCCGUGCAAAAUCUCAGCUCGAAAGAAUUCAUCAGGAACACAACCCUUAUCAGUAUGAUGAAGACGAUCCCGUCGUGAGAGAGGUGGAGAUCAAACGAGCUGAAGCGAUAAAGAAUUUGUUCAAGUACAUCACCGUUGAAAGACAACAGUUCAUCCAAGGACUGACAGAUGAAUGUAUUGAACAACUCGGAACUCCUCCGUGUAAGUUUGCUUUCAUCGGGUUAGGGUCACAAGCCACAGAACUGGUGACGCCGUACUCCGACCUGGAGUUCGCCAUUCUGAUUGAGGAGGGUAAGGAUGAUGAGGAUACACAGAGGUACUUUCUAAACCUCACACACUACCUCCACUUUAAAGUCAUCAACCUUGGGGAAACCAUCCUCCCAGCCAUGGCCGUCCCGUCACUCAACGACUUUCUCUCGGAAGACCCAGAGAAGAGUUGGUUCUUUGACUCCGUCACACCUCGCGGUUUUGCCUUUGACGGCUUCAUGCCAUGGGCUUCUAAGACUCCGUUUGGAAGAGACAAAACCAAAACUAAACCCUCCGUCAGUCUUAUCCAGACUCCUGCUAAGUUAGCAGAGUAUCAACAUUUGCGAAUUGCCCUGUCAGAAGGCUAUCACCUGUCAGACAUCCUUAGACGGGUGACCUACUUAACAGGCGAUGUGUCUUUGGUGGAUGAUUAUAUGGACAGGGUCAACAAAAACUUUGAUCGUUCUUCUGUGCUGUCACGGUUGUCAGCAAACCUAAUACUGAAGGAUAUUGGACAAGUAGCAAAGGUUGAACCAACGGGACAACUUCUGGAUGUAAAGAAAGAAAUAUACCGUUUUCCCAGCAUUGCCAUUGAUGUGUUGAGUAUUUGCUGCGGUCUCACGAUCCCCAGUGUGUGGGGAAUGAUAGAAGAGUUGCAGAAGGCACAGCGGAUCUGCCAUGACGAUGCCCACCACUUGACUGUACUGAUCAGCAUCUCAGCGGAGCUACGGUUAAGAACGUACAUCGCCAACGGAGGACAAAAGGACAGACUGUCCCCUCUAACGAAGGUGAAAGUCCAACAGGACAAACAGGACAUAGAUGACACAUACGCUAAGUCCAUUUUCUACGUACCAGACUCAAAGAUGCUGUUCAGGUACUAUUAUACUGCUAUUCCAUUAAAACGUUGCAUUACGGAUACAGUUACGAAGGCAAUUACAAGUCCAAUUACAAAGAUAUUCCAAACAGCCAUCUUUGACACCUCAUCUCAAACAAGGAGUCGAAUAACACAACAACUGCUCCAUUUCGAUGCAUCCAUACGACACUUGAAGGCAGCUCUAGAAGAGGCAGGUAGUGACAAGGAAAAACAGAUUAAAAUACUUUUUGAAUUAGGAAAUGUCUUUCAAAUGCGAGGUGACCACGAGAAAGCGAUUAGCUACUAUGAACAGGCACUCAGAGUUGAACAUACUAUUCAUGGAGAUGGCAAAGUAACUGCCUUAACUGCCUCAUACUGAGGUGUUGGAUCAUCUUGGAGUGAGCUUGGCGAUCGCAGAAAAGCUAUCAGGUAUUACGAACAGUCACUGAAGAUGAUGAAAGUUAUCUACGGUGAAUCAACAGCACAUCCCGGCAUUGCUUCAUCAUUAAAUAAUAUUGGGGCAUGUUGGCACUAUCUUGGUGAUCAGAGGAAAGCUAGCAGAUUUUACGAACAGUCACUGAGGAUGAGGAAAGCUAUCUAUGGUAAAACAACAGCACAUCUCGACAUUGCUGCAUCAUUCAACAACAUUGGGGCAUGUUGGGUUAUGCUUGGCGAUCAGAGGAAAGCUGUCUGGCAUUACGAACAGUCACUGAAGAUGUUUAAAACUAUCUAUGGCGAAACAACAGAACAUCCUGCCAUUGCGUCAUCAUUCAAUAAUAUUGGGGCAUGUUGGAGCAACCUUGGUGAUCAGAGGAAAGCAUUCAGGUAUUACGAGCAGUCACUGAAGAUGACGAAAGUUAUCUAUGGUGAAACAACAGAACAUCCCGCCAUUGCUAACUCAUUAAAUAACAUCGGAAACUGUUGGCAUGACCUUGGUGAUCAGAUGAAAGCUAUUGGUUAUUACGAACAGUCACUGGAGAUGAGGAAAGCUAUCUAUGGAGAAAUAACAGAACAUCCCGCCAUUGCUAACUCAUUAAAUAACAUUGGAAACUGCUGGGGUGAACUUGAUGAUCAGAGGAAAGCUAUGGGGUAUUACGAACAGUCACUGAAGAUGAGGAAAGCUAUCUAUGGUGAAACAACGCCACAUCCUGACAUUGCUUUGUCAUUAAACAACAUUGGAAACUGCUGGGGUGACCUUGGUGAUCAGAGGAAAGCUAUCAGGUAUUACGUACAUUCAUAUAACAUGUCAAAAGCUAUUUAUGGUGAAACAACAGAACAUCCCGACAUUGCUUCAUCAUUAAACAACAUUGGAAACCGUUGGGGCAUGCUUGGUGACCACAGGAAAGCCAUCAGGUAUCAUGAACAGUCACUGAAGAUGAGGAAAGCUGUCUAUGGGGAAAACACAGUGCAUCCAGACAUUGCAUCUUCGCAUUUUAACCUUGGAUCAUGUUGGCACAAACUCGGUGAUCACAGUAAAGCCAUCAGGCAUUACGAACAGUCAUUGAAUAUGAUGAAAACUAUCUAUGGCGACAAUACGGCACAUCCCAAAAUUUCAGUAAUGCUGAUAAGCAUUCGAUUAUGUAAAAACGCCCUCCGCAAGUAGAGUUAAGCCAUUAUUAGUUGUCAUUGUGUAACUUUAUCGCUCAAAUUGUAUAGCGCCUGUAAGAAUAGCAACUUCUAUUAUCUAACAAUAAUUCUGGGAAAUCGUUACUUUACAAAGGCUAUGUAGCGUGGGGACAGACGAUGUACUUGAAGCUUUUGAUGGAAUUUCUU